UUAGACCCCAGUAAGUCUAGAAAAAGUAACCACAAAAUCCAAAUUCCAAUUUCGAAAAUGCUCAAAUCCCUUUGGCUAUUAACAACUUUGAGUAACACUGCCGGAAGUUUCUAUAAUCGUAUGCAAUGUUCGAAUUGUUCGAAAAUAAACAGAGAAUGUUCCAUCGAAACCACUGGAUGGAGUUGUGAAUUCGAACUAGAUGCCCGAAAGUUGGUUCCAAAUUCAAAUUCCACCGAAACACCAGAAUUUCUUAAGGCUUGCCUGCUAUCUGGAAUGGGUUUCAAAGGAGAAAGGCCAAUUAUGGGUUAUUGUUGUUUUUGGUCACCAGAAAUGGGAUGUCAAAAGUUGCAGAGAAUUGAUUCAAAUGUGGAUUCUGUUAAUCAUUGUUAUGGAUGCACUCGUACUACUUGGUCUUCGGUUAUGGAAAAUAAGACCUGUCCAUGUGGCAGUUGGUUUAUUGACGUCGAAGAUAGUGCAGUAAAGUUUAGGGUUCAGGGUAUCGUAGUGUUAUGGCUAUUAUUAAGAUUAAUAUUAUAUUUUAUAAACUAAAAACUUACUUUUUUGAAUUAUUACAAAAAGAGCAAGCAAUACUUAUUACAUUUCCAACCCUUUUAAAAGAAAAACCCAUCAG